AUGUUUAACAACUACAAAUUGAAUUUGAAAGAAAAUGAACUUUAUAAACAAUUCAAAAAUAAGCUCCAGGAAAAUUUGUAAGAAGAACUCAUUUAAAUAAUUGAUGCAUUUGAAUUUCAAAUAAAUCAACGUAUUCUUGAAUAAGAAAAGUUGUUAGAUUAGAUAAAUAAUUUGUAAUUACAAACGCAAAAUAAAUUAGAUUAAGAAUUGGCCAACAAUUUCGAACUCUAAAAAUAAAUCAACUAGUUGAAUGAAUAAUUGUAAUAACAAAACACUCAAAUCUCAUUUCUAAAUAAAUCAAUGAAAAAUGUAUAUAUAGAACAACUGGAUUUGUUUUCGCCUAUCAAAGCUCCUUCUCUUUCCCCUCAAAUUACAAGGACAUAAUCUAUCAAUAAACAAGUUAAAAGAAAAUUAUUAAUGACAGAUAAAGAAAAUGAGAAUCAAGUUAAUUGCUACAGCAGCCUAAAGAAGAUUAGAUAAAAUGAAUAUUUUCUUGAUGAAUAAGAAUUUCUCAUUUAUUUCAAAGAUUAAUGUAUGAAAGAAUUUUUAGACAAAUAAAUGGAAAGAGAAUAAGAAUUAUAUAAUUUAUGGUAGAAAAUGUAAAAUCAGAGUAUGCAGAAGUGUCAAUAAUUACAAGAAACAAUUAAUUUUGUAUGUUCCCAAAUAGAUGCCUAUAAAUAACAAUAUCAUUGUGAUAUCAAACUUUACACUGAUGCCCUUCAAAAUCUAGAAGUAAGAGUUUCAAAAUAUAAAAUUGCUUUUCAACACAUACUUUAAAAUAAUUCCAAUUCACUUGAGAUUGAUAACAUCAUUCAUCUAGCAAAAUCUCUAAAUAGUGAGUUUAAUAAUGUGAAUGAUAUGGACAAACUAAUAGAUCUCCUCAUGGAAUUUAAUUAGACAAGCCAAAGAUUCAAUGUGAGUCUUCAAAAUAAUUAAAAUCUUAAGAUUUAAAAUAUGCAGAACCAAAUACAAGAAUUAGAACUACAGAAAAAAGAGUACAAUGACAUUAAAGUAUAAAGAUUGGAAUUGUUGGAAUUAAGUUAGUAGAUGAAUAGCAAGAUCAUAUAACAAUCCAACUAGAUCGAAGAAAUGAAUCAGUAAAUAUCAUCUAUUACUUAAUUAUUUGCUAAAUCCUUAUAGGAUUUAGAAAGAAUACAAGGUGAAAAUGAAACCCUAAGGAAAUCUUAUAAUUGUAAUACUAACUUUAGUAAUACAAUUACAACUAGAACUUAAGAAGGGAGUGUGAGCUUAAAGAAUCAUUUUAUAUCAAAUAGAUAUUCCACCUAUAUUCCAAGAGAAAGUAUUAGUUGCAAGAAUUCUUACAGGAUAGAUCAAAGAUAAACAAAUUUCAGUUCUGAUUUUAAAAAAUCAUAACCUAAUUAUGAGCUUGAUGAUAUUUGUUGUCUCUUAGACUAAUUGUUGAAUUAAGGGUAUUCUAAGAACGCUUUGGAUUUCAUUAACAAUUUCUAAAGUUAGAGUGGCAAUUUCAAGAUUCAAAUGCUCUGGCAAAAGCUUAAAGAUUUCUUAGUAAUUGUUUACUAUUCUUAUAAUUAAUAAGAUGAUAUGUUUAUAUCGUUGAACAAAUUUAUUAGUGAUCUCAAAUUGCCAAUCAACUAAUUUGAAUUGAUUAUUGAUGAUGGUUUGCAACAAACAACAAGCAAAUUGGAAUCUAAUUCCAUUCUCCUAUGUUAGUUGUUACAUCGAUUGGCAUCUGAUAUACAUGAUAUGAGAUCUUCAUCAACUUUUAUUUUCGAAUCUAAUAUAAAAGGGGAACCUCAAAAAGAUUAUUCACAAAGCAUAAUGCAAGAAUUGACCAAUCUAUCAAAAUAAUUGAUUCAUAUCUGUUAGGAGAAUGAUGAUAUCAUUGUUUUGCAAAUUGAAAGAACAAUUAAAAUUAUAAAGGAAUAAGUAGUUAAGAGACAUUCAAACUAGUACUUGCAAAAUAUUGAUGGAAUUAUUUAAGGAAUGGAAAUAAAACUAUCUUAAUAUCUCUUAGAUCUUGUUGAUCCUGUGUAAGGGUUGGCAGCAAUUAUAGUAAUAAAGAUAAGAGAGAGUGUUGGAUGGAAUAUUGAAAAAUGUGCAUGA